ACGCUGGCCAUAUAUCGGAGGUUCGCUAGUCGGAUUAACGUUAUCACUUUAAUUCGACUUAUCAGAUCUCAUCAGGUUAGCGUGCCAAGUCACAUGUAUCAACCGGCUUAACGAAGUUAGCAAAAGAUCCAUAGCCAAAAUUGCGACUUGUAGAUGAAUUUUAUAUCAGAAAGAAGGAUGCCAGUCGUCGGUUGUAUAUAGAUUCCUGAAUGUUUUCUCUUCUGACCUUCAUCAUCCCUUUUUUUCGUGGCGUUUCUUGUGUCUUUUAUUACGGCUUGCUGCCAUCCCCAGUAUUUCAGUUCCUGACAUCCUAUAAUUAGCAUCCAAUUCCACCACAUUAUGCGAGCUGGAAUACGUGGCUUCAUCCUUCUCGUGUUAUCUCAGAGGGCAGCGGAGUAUUGCGGAGGCGAGGAUGGAAUAUCCAUCACCAUUUGGGCGGGAAUGGGCCAUAAAUUGAAAUGAUUGACGGUGAAGAAUCCAGGUCGAGAGGAAUUCAUCCACCCGAGGGCUGUACUGUUGGCCAGAUACAUAUGAUUGCACGCUAUGCAGAAAGAUAUCCCACGACAUCGGCAGGAGAUCGUCAUCUUGCUCUUAUGAAACGUAUCGAAGAGGUAAACGUACCUCUGAACGGCUCCCUGUCGUUCCUCAACAAUUGGACCUAUUUUGCCAACGACUCAUCCAAGGACUUCGAUCAAUUGACCAACACGGGUCCCUAUGCUGGCACGCUUCAAGCCUUUACCACUGGUGUCCGUUUUCGGACCCGCUAUGGACAUCCCUUACCGAACAACAUUAAGGCAAGGCUUUGGGCCAGUGACUCAAACCGUGUUAUCCAGACUGCCAAGUAUUUCCCUUCGGGGCUUUUGACCUGGUGGGAAAAGGACGGGGAUGCUCUAUUGCAAAUUAUUCUAGAAGCUUUUGAACAACGUGCAGAUACACUAACACCUGGUGAUACAUGCCUGAAUUAUGUUGAGGAUAAUUUACAGGGUCAUGACAAUGGGGAGAACAUGCUGGCAUUAUUCCAGAAAGCAUAUAUCCCGCCAAUUGCAAAACGACUGGUUCAAGAAGAACAGAAUGGAGAUCUCGGGAUGCUCACCCCCGCUGAAGUAUAUAGCGUGCAAGAAAUGUGCGGGUUUGAGAUAACU